GAUCUCUUCUCCAAUUACUCUUCGAAAGAAAAAGAAAGAAAGAAGAAGAUAGUCUUAAAAUCAACUGUUCAUUUCAUGGCUCAAGGAAACUCCGACUUCCAACAAGACAUGGCUAAAGAUGAACAAGAACAGAGGUUGAAAUACUUGGAAUUCGUACAAGUAGCCGCUGUCCACGCUGCUUUGUGCUUCGCCAAUCUUUACCUUUACGCUAAGGAAAGAUCGGGUCCGUUGAAAUCCGGCGUCGAGGCCGUGGAGGAGACGGUUAAGAGCGUGGUUCGACCGGUUUACGACAAAUACCGUGAUGUCCCCAUUGAGCUCCUUAAAUUCGUUGAUACCAAGGUUGGUAAAUCUAUGACCGAACUAGAUCGUCGAGUCCCACCGGUUGUCAAACAGGUCUCGUCCGAAGCCAUUUCAGCUGCCCAAAAGGCUCCAGAGGUGGCUCGUGGCGUGGCUUCUGAAGUCCACCGUGCCGGAGUGUUGAACACUGCCUCAGGAUAUGCAAAAUCUGUGUACACCAAGUAUGAACCCACAGCGAAAGAGCUUUAUGCAAAGUAUGAACCCAGAGCUGAACAAUGUGCCGUUUCAGCUUGGCGUAAACUCCAGAAACUCCCUCUCUUCCCCCAAGUUGCCUCGGUCGUCGUCCCUAGAGCUGCUUAUUGCACGGACAAGUAUAACCAGACGGUGGUCAGCAGUGCAGAGAAAGGGUACAAGGUCGCCUCGUAUUUGCCAUUGGUUCCCACUGAGAAGGUCGCCAAGGUGUUUAGUGAGCAGAAGAUUGAGAUGCAGCCAUUGGGUUGAUGAUUCGGCUUUGAAUCUGUUUUUGUGGUUGAUGACCUGUUUUCUGCUAACCUGGUGU